CCUUGAGGCUAUUCGAAACUUGUUCGAAACUGAGACAUGGGCUAGCUAAGUAUUGCUAGCUAUCUAGGCUAUAGCAAGUCUAGGCUGUAAACAUCAUCAUCUAUGUGCCGACAUCGUGCUCCGUGCUGGCACUGCCCUUCUUCACUAACCACGAUUGGUCGCUCCAUAACGUUCUGUUCCUCCUGCACCCCUUCGCUUGUCAUGAACCUUUCUUGCUGGACAUGGUCAUAUGUCUUGUCUCACGGUUCACAUUUCCGAUCAUAUCCAAUUGGAUUGACGCCACAGCUCUUUUGUCCCCGUUCGAGAUAUUAAAUGGAUGUUUCACCAGUACUGCUGUGGUACUUAAAACCAAUCGUCAACGUGCGCUACGGGAUUCACCGUCGUGAUGAGCGCCCCUCACUAUCCAGAGCCAACAUGGAUGCGUCUAUCUGGUCGCAAAACCCCAAUCUACACGAGGCCAUUACUAGGAUCUGAGCUGUUUGAUGACCGAACAAGCGUUCUGCUCGAUGGUAUGACCGACGCAUGUGUUGGCUUCACCUUUCAGAGCAUAUAUGCCGCAGACGAGGUAAAAAGGCGCGCACGCAACGCUUUCGCUAGGCUUCGAUACUCGUGUCCCAUCAUCGCAACCAACAUAGUGGGCGAUUUAUCCGGCCCUACCCCGAGAUCGUGGGUAUAUGCGCCUGUACAAAGCCCGUUGGAGCUUACACACUGGAUGAACAAUGCGUUUUACUCCGUGCACCGCGGAGACGAUCUAGACGUUAACGCUUUCGUUGAAGAUAUCAGUCAAAUUCGGCUCCCUUACCAGCCCCAGAACGCAAGCCCCCUCUGGUUUCGCUGCUAUCUUCUCUUGGGCGACAAUAACAGACAUGGCCUCUAUUUUCAUGGUCCGCAUGCCAUCAUGGACGGUGGCCCGACACUCAAUGCUUUUGCACACAUGUUUCAAUGGAUGACGAACGACGCCGCCGAACCUGCAGAGAACUUACCCUGGGGGACAGAAUGGCGUAAUCUGCCCAUCGGUCCUGUUGGUGCCACAGGCGGUCCUCGCGAUGAUUGGGAUGUUGCAGGUGUCGAGCUCCUGAAGCAACAGUCAAACUCCGAAGCGGUCCGCACGAUACCAUUGACUUCGCGUCCAUCUCGGAUAUCACAAAGUGCAGUCGGAAAGACAUGUAGACUGGAGCGAGUUCUCGACCCGACAUUGACGCGUAGGCUAGUCAACAAAACACGGAUCGUCGGUUGCACGAUGUCCCAUGUAUUUGAGGCUGCGUAUUGCAUGGUGCUGCUCGCCCGCAACCAAAUUCCACCGUCUAUGUGGAAUGCCUAUCACUUUUUGGGCAACUCCUCCGCCGUCUCGCUGAUUCCGCACCUGAGACUGCCCUAUGAUACGAAGACGCAUUUUAUCUCUUCCCGCACGCAUAUACCGAUCCAAGUUCCAAUGGCCGAAAUAUCAUCCAUAGAUUCGCCCAGAAGGCAACUCUUGCAAAUCGCCCAAGCCAUAGAGCAAAGAUGCGCUAGGUUUGCCACGCAUCCUUGUAUGCCCCACGUCCAGGCUGCAAGGGCAUAUCAACCAGAUGCUUUGUCUGAAAGAUCAGACAUCGAGAGUUCCGUCAAUAAUGUCGGCCCCAUCGAGCGGCGACUUUCGUUGUCGUGGAAAGAAAGGCAUGAUGCUGAGCCGGUGAUUGAGCUGGAGUCGGUGUUGUUUUCAGUCAGGCUAACGUCUUUGGCUCCAAUAAUCCACCUAUGGACCAUGAAGGGUAGUCUACACGUUCAGAUUCAAGCAAAUGACGCCUGGUCACGAGCAGACCUACAGGACCUUCUCGAUUCCAUCUGCUCCCGAGCAUGCCUGGUUCUUGAAGACUUUCCCCACAAUCCCCCAGGCCAUCCUUCUGACCUGACCUUGAAUGAACGAAGCAGACUUUGACGUUGGGAGGUCUUUCGGAUUUUGCUUUAUCAUCUGAUAUCACUGCAUGCGCUACGAGAUCCUUGCUGCAACUCGCUAUCUGGUACCAUUUGCGCCAACUCACCGAAGCUUCUUUCUUCCGCGUCGGUUGAACUUUAGGUGUAGCAGUGGAGGUUAUGUCGGAGGGAACACCCUUCACGUGUGGGUCUG